CGCUAUCCACAGAAGCGCUAAGCAAAAACCAGGCGCGUGGAAAAGUUACGCGCUGCCAUGGCGGAACCAGUAGUAGACGCGCAGUACCUGAAAGAAAUCGAGAAGGCUCGUCGGGAACUCCGCGCUCUCAUCUCCAACCGCAACUGCGCUCCCAUCAUGCUUCGUCUCGCGUGGCACGACGCCGGAACUUACAACGCGGAAACGAAGACCGGAGGGGCUACUGGCUCUAUUAGGAACGAGCAUGAGUUGAGCCAUGGAGCUAAUAGCGGUUUGAAGAUCGCUGUUAAUUUUUGUGAGGAGGUGAAAGCAAAACAUCCCAAAAUCACGUAUGCUGAUCUUUACCAGCUUGCUGGAGUUGUAGCAGUUGAGGUCACCGGAGGGCCUACUAUCGAGUUUGUUCCCGGUAGGAAGGAUUCAUUGGAAUCUCCUGAAGAAGGAAGGCUUCCAGAUGCUAAAAAAGGUGCACCACAUUUGAAGGACAUCUUUUACCGCAUGGGUCUGUCUGAUAAGGACAUUGUGGCACUCUCUGGAGCCCAUACAUUGGGUAGAGCACAUCCAGAAAGGUCAGGCUUCGAUGGCCCUUGGACAAAAGAGCCUCUCAAGUUUGACAAUUCAUACUUUGUGGAACUACUGGAAGGAGAAUCAGAGGGGCUGUUAAAACUACCCACAGACAAGGCUUUACUGGAUGAUCCUGCAUUCCGUCCGUAUGUUGAACUUUAUGCAAAGGAUGAGGAUGCAUUUUUCAAAGACUAUGCUGCAUCACAGAAGAAACUAUCAGAGCUAGGCUUCACUCCACCAUCUAGUCUCAAGGAAGCUGUGAAGACCAGUGCCGUAGUGGCACAAACUGCUGUGGGAGUUGCGGUUGCUGCUGCUGUGGUGAUUCUGAGUUACUUAUAUGAAGUUCAUAAAAGAGUCAAGUGAAUAAUGUUUUCUAUCUAGUAUAUCAUAAGAAACCAGUGAUUAUAUUUCUUAUUCCAUUCAGAGAACAGUAGUACUUAUUCUCAGUGGAACCUUGCACCUUUUGCUGUAAUAAGUUCUAAAAUUCUCGAUUCAGCUUAUAAUGAACAUGUUGCUGGUA